AUGAAGGGAUGUCCAUUCGGAAUCCAUCCAAAUAAAAUUGGGGGUUGAGGUACAUCAAAGACAAAAAUAUACGGCUGUACGAUACUUAUGCUUAUUUAAUAUAAUUAUUAUUUACUGAUUUAUGUAAGCUCAGCUUUGCUCAUGCAUGUACAUACAAAUUUUUAACAAUUAGACAAUAAUUUUAAAUCCUUGAUAAAAUACCCUUUGAAAAUGUGUGUUUCCAGUUCAUUACUACAGUCAUCAUUUCUUUAAACCUCUUAUCUGUCAGCAUUUACAGAACAAAACAAAUUUUACUUAAAUUUGAUUUACAAGAACUUUAGAAACUCAUAAAAGUUUGUCUUUCAAGUGAGAGUGUAUUUUGGUUGCUUAAGAUUACAAUAAAAUAUCAAAUGAAUAUCAUAGCAUUUUCCAUGCUCUUUCUAAUGACAUCAUCAAAUUUACAGUUCAUUUAACAUUUCAUGAGAUAUGGGUGACUAUGAAAUAAAGUUGUGAAAAGUCGAAGUAACCUGAAAAGUGAAAUAUCUUCAAUACAUUCAGAAGCAGACAUGUAUAAUAUCAGUACUUAUGUAGGAUACGAUAACAUCAUGAAGUAUUGACAUCUCUUCAAGGGUCACCUUGUGUUUGAACAUGAACAGGAUAUGGUUUCAUCUGUUUUAUUUUGAGACUUCACAUGUUCGCAGAUUAUAAAGAAUAAACACAAAAAUUUGAAUUACUUUGGUUUGAAAUGCAAAAUUUUUAGUGUUUUUUUCCCACGAAGCUUCUGUAAGGUGAAUGUGACCAACGAGUUUCAAUGCAUUAUGUACUUGUUCGGAUAUGAUUGUCGGUUUAACAGCUGUGCCGCAGUAGAGUUGUUGUUUAUUAUAUUCCUCAGCGAUUGCUGUUCGCUUGCUUCAAGUGAGGCCGGCUCUAAAAUCAUAGAAGGCAGAUACGCAAGACGUGGCGAAUUUCCAGCGACGGUUGUUUGCGAGGGCGCGAAGAAAUGCGGAGGUACGCUCGUGACAUUGCGCAAGGUACUUACAGCGGGUCGCUGUUUUUUUGCAGACGAUAAACCUGUGGAGGCGAAGAGUAUCAAAGUGACUGGAGGCGUCUUGAAUCUGAAGGAGAAUUCAAACGAAAAACAGCAGUCGCUCUUAAAAUCAUACCAUGUUCACGAAAAAUACAAAAGUCCUUCCCCAACUGAUCAAAUCCCUUACUUCUUUUUUGAUAUCGCAUUGGCAGUUUUGGAAAUUCCGUUCUUCAAAACGGAUACGGUGCGACCAGUGGUUUUCCCGGCAAAGGAUCCAGGAGGGAUGAGGAAAUUCCUGGACAAAACCUUAGCUAAAAAUGCCACUUGCCAAGCCACAGGAUACGGCGCCACUGAAGAAGGCGGUACAGACGUCGAUACUUUGAAAGUAGCCAACGUGCGCCUAAUUGAUUCUACGGCGUGCUGGUUGAAAAAAGAGUCGUUGGCAUACGAAGUAUGUGCAACUCCUAUUAAUGGAAAAGAUAGAACCACCCCAGGGGAUGCUGGAUCGACGUUCUUGUGCGACGGGUACAUGCUAGGCAUGAGCAAAAGUCGGAACAGAAUGACUAGAAAAGGGGUGGAAUACCAUUUUAUGAUUUUCACGCUAGUUGGUCCUUUCAUGGAAUAUUACAAGCUUGGGAUAGAUGAAGGACAAACAUCUCAAUUGCACCCUGCUGUCUUCCUCUUUUUGCUCAUCAUCUCGUUCCAUGAAGCUGACGCAUUACUUUUGCCGUACUGUUAAAAUACUGUAUUAUAAUAAAAAUUGAAAUCAAUUAAAUUACAAACAUGUGUAAAUAAAUUAUCGACACUUGGCAUUUUGAAUUUCAAAACAUUUGUGUUAUUAUUAACAUUUGGCGCUUUUAUUGCCACGUUACCAGGCACUACUUCUUUCUCACUAAAUCUGUUCCUGAAUUGGAUAUCUUUAGAAAUUUCACCUCUACGUAUCUCAACCUCGACGGCCCGUUAAAUGACUCUGCAAGAUCCUAGAUUUGUCUUCUUUGGAUUCUGUUUAAUGGAGGAGGUGGCUGUUUUGCUAGUUGAGCAAUAGUAUAGUUGGGGUUAGUCGUCUUGGAAUUACGAGCUUCGUCGGAGUUUGAUAAUUUUACAUUUACGGAUAUCAAGAUAAUCAUGUUAGGUGUUAAGCUUCGUGGAAUAUGGAGCUUCGUGAUGUGACAAGGACCAAAUUAUGAAUUAGCUGAAUCUUGUUAAUUAUUUGCUGAAGCUGAGAGCAAGCACCAUAAGACGGGACGAGAUAGAUGUUCUAUCUACGAAAUUCUACAGAAUGUAGUACUCUUUGCCCCUUCUUGAAAUACUAGUUUACUGAUGUUUUUAAA